AUAGUCGCAACACAAGACAACUCGGUGGAACCGUCUUCUUUCUUUAGCUUAUGCCAGAGCUUAGGGCUAGAGAGAAUCGGAAAAAACAACCAAUUGUCAUUGUGAUCUGUUAUCUUCAUCAUGUACAGAACGGCAGCUUCACGUAGUAGGGCUCUCAAGGGUCGUGCUGGCAGUAGGGUGUUGACUAGAUGUGCAAGUUCAAGUGCUGUUGCCUCCAAGACCUCGUCAGGGGGUUUCCUUAGCUGGCUGACUGGGGGAAAUUCUAGUUCACUCCCUCCUCUCGACUUUGCACUUAAAGAUGUUGCCCUCCCACCGUCACUUCCUGAUUAUGUGGAACCAGGAAGGACCAAGAUAACAACUCUCCAAAAUGGAGUCAAGAUAGCCACAGAAACAUCGGCGAACCCUGCGGCCUCAAUUGGGUUAUAUGUUGAUUGUGGCUCAAUCUAUGAAACACCAAUAUCCUUUGGGAGCACACAUCUUUUGGAACGAAUGGCUUUUAAAAGCACAACAAAUCGGAGCCACUUGCGCAUUGUGAGGGAGGUGGAGGCAAUCGGCGGCAAUGUGACAGCUGCUGCCUCUAGGGAGCAUAUAGGUUACAACUAUGAUGCUUUAAAAACUUAUGUUCCUGAAAUGGUAGAGCUUCUCAUUGACAGUGUGAGGAAUCCUGCUUUCUUGGAUUGGGAGGUCAACGAACAGCUUCUGAAGGUAAAAGCUGAGAUUAUUGAAUCCUCCAACAACCCGCAACACUUACUUCUAGAGGCAAUUCACUCUGCUGGUUAUUCUGGUGCAUUAGGAAAUCCUCUUAUAGCCCCAGAAUCCGCACUAAACAGCCUGAAUAGUACAAUUUUGGAAGAAUUUGUUGCUGAAAAUUAUAUUGCUCCUCGGAUGGUCCUUGCUGCAUCUGGUGUUGAACAUGAGGAGCUAUUAAAAAUCGCUGAACCUCUUCUGUCUGACCUACCUAGUGUCCCUCGUCCUGAGGAACCAAAAUCUAUAUAUGUUGGUGGUGAUUAUCGUUGUCAAGCUGGUACAGGGACAACUCAUUUUGCUCUUGCCUUUGAAGCUCCUGGUGGUUGGCUUCAGGAAAAGGAGGCUAUGACUUUAACCGUUCUUCAGAUGCUUAUGGGCGGAGGUGGAUCUUUCUCUGCUGGUGGUCCUGGAAAAGGGAUGUAUUCAAGACUAUAUCUUCGUGUCUUGAACGAGUAUCCGCAAGUUCAAUCAUUUUCUGCAUUCAGCAGCAUUUACAAUGGCACUGGCCUAUUUGGAAUUCAAGCUACCACUGGCUCUGACUUUGCAGCAAAAGCGAUUGAUAUAGCAGUUAAAGAACUUACUGCAGUUGCAACCCCUGGAGAAGUUGACCAAGUACAGCUAGAUCGUGCCAAACAAUCAACAAAGUCUGCCAUUCUUAUGAACCUAGAAUCCAGAAUGGUUGCAGCGGAAGAUAUUGGUAAACAAAUUCUGACAUAUGGAGAGAGAAAACCCGUGGAGCAUUUCUUGAAGUUUGUACAUGAAGUUUCAUCGAAGGAUAUUGCUUCAAUUGCACAAAAACUUAUUUCUUCCCCCCUCACAAUGGCAUCCUAUGGAGAUGUUCUUUAUGUCCCAAGCUAUGACACAGUGAGCAACAAGUUCCAUUCAAAGUGAUAUUUGCUUUCAAAAUGAUUACCUGGGUUCGCCCUGAGUGUUAGCAUUUGCGAUUCCUGUUGGACUGUUGUGCAAAACGAAGGAAAUAAAGAUGUUCCCCGCACAAGCAAUAAUGUGGCGAGGUCCUUGGCAAACAGCAUUUUGACACUGAAUUCAUUCUUGCAUGCCUUGUAUUUAUCUUGGCAGAGAUUUUUUAGUUCUGACAAAUGCUGUUUUCGCCUUGUUUGAUGGAGUAAUAACCCGUUAAUGCUGAUGAAUUUUGCAUAUUUCUCUGUUUGGUUUCCCAAAUGCAGUGUCUGUGUGUGCUACGCUUCAUUUGUUAGCCAUACAAUAGGAAACUGCUGUUUGUUUAAUCAUUCUGAAAAAGGCUCUAAUGUUGAUGCUGUGCUUAUAUGCUGUUUUUUUCUUCAACUGACCAUUAUCGUGAUAUCGAA